AUGCGAUUUGCUUUAGCCAACGGGGCAUUAGGAAACAUGAAAGGCGUGAAAACCGCUUUUGAUAAGAAAUACAAACAGAAAAAAGGAACAAAGCUAGCGAAAGAGAGAAGUCAAGCUGAAGUGAUGCCUGAUGCUUCUGCAAUUCCCAGAAACGAUGAUGAACAGGCCCCACCAGAAGUCUCUCCUCACAUUAGGCCCAAGAAAGGGAAGCAGGAGAUGUGUCACGCUGCAGUGUCUCCUGAGAGUGAAUUCUUUUCUGUAAAAGUUUUCAAUAAGAAGCUCAAGGGUAAAUUCACUCCAAGCAAAAUAAUUAUGAUAUCAAAAUAUUAUUGGCACAGUUGUUUCCUGGAAGUGAUGCUGAUUUCCCUGGUGUGUGACAUUGAAUUUGACCAGAUCAGUGUCUCAAAGCAUAUUAUCAGAAAAGAUGGUGAACUUCAAUUUCAGCCCCAUGGAACAACUUGUGAAUGGGCUAAAGCAGAACAGAAGAAUCAUAUAUUAUGUGACCUAAAUGCCAGCACAGGAAGGAUAGAAGCAUUGAUGCUUGGAAAAGAGAAGAAAAUACAGUGCAAGGAAGGGAAUAAACUUCAACUUAUAUUCUUAGAGCUAUCAAAGACUGGAGAAAAACUACACCUGAAAUCUAGAGUUCAUAGUUUCAUUAAGGUGGCAACUUCAUCAAGGAAAAUCAACUCUCCAAAGGGGUGA